AUGAGCGAACCGGAGUAUAAAGUAUUGGUGAAGAACAUACCCUUCACAUGUAAUAGCGAGACUCUUAUCGAGUUUUUUUCUGCGUGCGGAGACGUGAUUGAUGCAAAUAUUUUGUAUAAUAGGGAAUCGGGUCGUUCUCGGGGAUUUGGAUUUGUUUCCUUUCGAUCCGAAGAGGGUCUGAAGAAGGCUCUCGAUAUGAACGGAACAAACAUGAAUGGCCGCGUCUUGCGGGUAAUAAAGAAGGAGGAUCGAGAAGAUCGAGAUGAGCGCAGAGUUCGCGAUCGCAGGACACACAAGGAUGUGAAAAGAGAACGUUCUCGUGAUCGUGCUCCGGCUCCGGCUCCGGCUCGUAGUUAUGAUAACACAAACAAGCUAAUUGUUUUACAACUACCUUGGAAGUGCACCAAGGCAGAUCUGACAAAGCUUUUUGAUAAAUUUGGCAAAAUCGUGUACUGCAACAUCGUUGUGAAUCGUGAAACGGGUUUGAGUCGCGGCAUGGGAAUCGUGAAGUACGAGGAAGAAGAGUCCUAUCAGAAAGCGCUGAAGGAAAUGGACUGCUUUGAAUACGAGGGAAGGAAGUUGUAUGUCCGACCCUACCAACCGCACCAGCAGAACGGAUUUGCGGAGGAGACACAAAAGAAAUCAAACGAAUCGACCGAAACCGAAGCAUCGAAGGAAUUGGAGGCUUCGAGAAAACCGAAGGAUUUAAAUGAUUCUAAGCCAACGAAGGAAGCCAUGGAGCUCCAGCAGCUUCGUGAACUGGAGGAAAGGCGGGAUCGAGGCGACUCGAUCUAUUCGAACGAUUCGGAGGAGUCUGGCGAGGUUCCCGACGAUCCGAAGGCCUUUUCUGAUUUUAUGGAUUUGGAAGAACCCAAAGGAGUGGAGCCGAAGAAUGAGGCGGAGAACAGCAAUCCGAGUGAGAAUCCCGUGCCGAAGAGCGAAGAGCAGCAAGCGUUGGAGUCGUUGGAUUAUGAAUAA